UGAGGAGUAAAAACAAACCAAAGUCAAGAGAAAUUUCGACACCCAUUUACGUGUUAUAUUAGUGUAAAUUUACGUAUAUUACUCAAACUUAAUCAGUCAUGGUUGAACCAAUCUUUGACUAUCAGUUCCGAUUAAUACUAAUAGGAGAUUCAACUGUGGGGAAGAGUUCUUUGUUAAAAUAUUUCACAGACGGCAAGUUCUUUGAGAUAUCUGACCCCACUGUUGGCGUUGACUUCUUUGCUCGACUUAUUGAAGUGAGAGACGGCACAAGAAUAAAAUUGCAAUUAUGGGACACAGCUGGCCAAGAGAGAUUUAGGUCCAUCACACGUACUUAUUAUCGAAAUUCUGUGGGAGCAUUAGUAGUGUUUGAUGUAUGCAACAAAAAAUCUCUGGAGCACGUUCCCAUGUGGAUUAUGGAAGCCAAGCGACACAUCGAACCUCACAAAUCUGUAUUUAUCCUCGUUGGUACAAAGAUUGAUAUGGAGGAUGAACGUGAGGUGAGAAAAGAGGACGCUAUGUCUUUAGCAAAGUUCUAUAACAUCAGCUACGUUGAAACAAGCUCAAUGAAAGGAAUCAAUGUGGAAGAGGCAUUCAGAACUAUCACACAAGAAGUGUAUGAUAAGAUACAGUCUGGAGAGUUCAAAAUUGAGGAUGGCUGGGACGGCAUCAAGACGGGGUUCUCUCGACCUAGCCCUUCCUACAGCUUAAUGGAAGCCGAAGCAGAAAAGUCUGGAUUUUGUUGCUAGAAAGCUACAAAAUACUGUGUGUUGGAAGCUUCUUUAGAAAAUAUAUUUAAUUUAUUUAAGGUGAUUGUAUUUUCCAAGGAAGCAGAAUUCAUUCAUUUCACAACAAUAAAAAAAACAAGUCACUGUGAAGACAUUCUUACUCAGUGAAACAGUGAAGCUUUGCAAGCUCAUUUGCAAGUAAACCAAAGGUUUUACCCUAGUCCCAUCCACCUAUGUUACAAAUGUGUUACUGUGAAUAUUUUAACAACUGUUUGGUCAAGGGCUGUAGCAAUGGCUGUACUGUAUAAGAGUUGUAUCACAAGUUAAUCCCAGAUUUGUUUGCAGAAUUUUUUUUAUUUUCAAUAUUCAUAAUGUUCCAGAAUUGAGAACUUGGGAUUUGUCGUCCAGAAUGAUUUGGAAUAGGAGCAACUACAUACUAUAAGUCUGUGUGUGACUGCAGUCAUUCUCUUGUUGACUCUUUGAGACUGAUGUUCAGUACUUUCAAGAUUUUAUUCAAUGAGAAUUAGGUUUACAGCUGUGAUAAGGCCAGUAUAAGAACUUUGUUAUUAUUUUGUCUGUUGUGUGUACAUGUGCAUACCCAUAUCUACACAGAAACAUGAACACAUACAUAUACACUCUUUCUCUCUCACUCUGAAAUACACAAAGAAUGCUAUAGUGUAUAUACAAACACACACUCACUUGUAAUAAUCUAUGUAUGUGUUUGUGUCCUUUCCUUUAUGCCAUUUUCUAUAAUGUAUAGAUAAAAAUUAAAUGUACAUACUGUACACAUACAUACAUACAUACAUACAUGAAUAUAUACAGUACCUGUAAUGGGGGUCUUAUCUCCCAGCAGCAAAAAAUGGUAAAUCAACAUUCUAGUACAAUAAUUUGUGCGUUUUAUCAUACAAGGCAGGGUGUUACAACAUGAUUUCUUGCCGGGAAUACUGUAUGUUUAUAUGAUACGGAUCAUAUUUCUGUGUGUUUGUGUAUUUAUUUAUGCAUAUUUAUUUCCUUUAUAUGUUUAUAUAAUAUUUGCAAAUGUAUGAUAAUGGUGUACAGAAAAUAAUGGAGAAAAUUCCAUCUUGAGUGCAUUCAUCACCAUUUGUACAGUAUUUUGUUACUUAACAUUACCUGUACUUCCAUCAGAUAAAAGUUCACUCUAAUGUAUGAAAAAUUUAAACAACACACACACACAUGCACACACACACAUACACACACACACACACACACACACACACACACACACACACACACACACACACACACUUGUUUUAAAGAUCACCAUAAAUUAUCCAUUGAAAAACAUUUUGGUAGCUAAACUGUCAUAAUGUUAUUUUAAUGAUGUUUAUGCCUUGGUAAUUUUUAUUGUGUUACUUUAAUAGAUUUAAAUAACUUUAUAUCAUAAAAGUAAAACAGAUACUGUGUAAAUUUUUAGAAGUAAUAUUUAAUAUAACUAAAACACUACCUUUAAUGGGGUGUACACUAAUGUAACCUUUAUUAGAGACCAACCUAGGAAAAACUAAGUGAUUCUCUAGUGCAGUGGUAGUGCUGCCUCACUAGUAAAGGUCACAUACUUUGCAAUAAUUGACUACAGUCCAGGUACAGUGUGAGGUGGGCAUGCUGAUGGUAGAACAACCCUUUAGUCAACUAGCAUCCUUUCAAAGGGUGAGAGGGGGGGGGCGAGUUAAGGAUCAGGGUCAGCCACUUUGCAUAACAGCUGAAAAUGGCUUCAAUGUAUGAAAAAGUAUACAUUAUUCCAAAUUGUUAUAAAUAUUUUACACGGGGCUGGGCUUGAUCUUCGCUGACUAAUUAAAGGUAUCACUGUACCAUAUCCAGUGUACCUCACAGGUUUUUUUUUUUUUUUUUUUUACAAGUGCAAAACAGAAGCCCUUCUUUUCUGUGUUUGGAUUACUUUAAUGUUUCUCAGAGAAUUUGCUCCAAAGAGGAUUACUUAAAGUUAGUUCCAAUAGAAGAUAUUAGCUUAACUUAGUCACAAGAGGGAAUUACCUUAAUUAACCCCAAUAGUGUAUUACCUUAAUUAACUCUUAAUAGUGUAUUGCCUCAACAUACUUUAGCUGCAACAAAUAUUUACAGUACCUUAACUUAGCUCGAAGAGUGGCUGUGUGACAAGUCGUUAAAAACGUACUGUAUGGUAUAGCCCUUGAGGAUUUGAAUUUUAAUGUUAAUUACAUUGAGAUUUUCUUUUGGAGAUUUGAUUAUACAUUUUGUUUUUUGUUUUUAGAUACAGGGACUUCCUGAUCAUGUUUGAGCUAAAACGGUAGCAAAAUCAGUUUCCACUGUCAAGAGACAGGACUUUGUGAUGUCAUCAGGAAUAUGUAUGUAUUUUUUCUUCUGUACAUGUUUUAUUUUGAUCUUAUUCCUUAAUAUUUUCAAAAUGAAAAUACUUUUUGAUCAUGCAAAUUAUAUUUCACUUGAGGAUUAGUGUUACGUAUGGAUUGGUUUUAUGUAUGUACUGACAAUUAUUUUCUUUUAUGAUAUUUAAAGGAAGCCAUUUUGGACAGUUGUUACUUUAAUAUAGAUAAUGGAAAUACAAAUUUUGGAGCACCAUAGGUCAGUUAGUAGCACUUGGACUCCCAGCCCACAAGAAACAGAUUCAUUCUUCUUAUGACCAGGCAGGGUUGAUGAGGCAUUAUUUAUUGUACAGGUAGUGUGCACUCGAGCUGGCCACUCACCACGUCAGAUUCCCAGGCUAUCCUAACCUUCUUUACUUGAAGGUCACCAGCCUGUAAAUUGUGGAAAACACUAUAAAGUAUAUUUUUAGAACUAAAAAUUUAUGGUUAAUGAAUAUAUUAGCUCAUACUGCUCUGAAUUGCACAUCAGCUAAGCACCUUAGUCUCCCAUUGUUCUGUUCUGAAGGAAUGAGAUAAUGACAGGUGAGGACAUACCUUAGCAUGAAGUGAAUGGUUUUCAAGGGAUCAAGAGUAGAUAGAAGUGUCUCAUAAGAUCUUAAAAAGAGAGAAUGAGGGUGAUGAGGAAUGAUAAACUUGUAGCAUACAUGCAGGCAUGUAUACACUGUGCACUUUCAAGUCAUAUGUAAAUAAGUCAGUGUAAGUGAAAUAUGAGAAACCUUAUUGAGGAGCGUUUUGUUGAAGCUCUCGAGAAGUAAGUAUAUACCGUACCAUAUUUUGUUGCUUUGGGGCAAAAUUGUUGUAACUCCUUGAAAUUUGUUGAUAUAUAUGGCAAAUUAACCUAAUUUGUUGGUAUUUCACCAAUUUCCUGCGUCAGAUCUUUUAUUAAUGUGAGGAUGACUUACUUUAUCUGUGCACAUUUUAUUCAGAAUGUGGAAUUACAACAUUUAGGCACUAAGGCAUUGAUUUGCUGUAGGUUUUAUAAAUGGAAUGCAAAAGUUUGAGUAUUAUUUUUAAGGUAACUUUUGCAGUUUUAAUAAUACAAAUCAGUAUCUUAUGUAUGCAACUAAUGUGAAUAUAACUUAUAUAGUCAUUUUUAUGCAUAUAUACACAUUCAAAUACUGUACAGUACAGUACAUUCUUUUACUCUUCAGAGUUAUGUAUUGUUCCACUAAUCAAAUCCAAAAGUUUUCACCAUAUCAAUUUACUGCACUUUUGGAUUUAUUUUAGAGUAAUAAUCUGUGGAUGAGUUAUUGAAAAGUGACCUUUAUCUUACCAUUUCCAGAUAUAUGCCAGAUCUCAUAAGGUUUAUUUAAACUCAGCUAACAGUCAUGGUACUCUGUUAAACAUGGUUUUCAUUCAAAUGGUGUUGGUUGUUGAAACUGAUUCAGUUUUACAAGUUAUAUUAAAAUACAUCGAAAAGACACUAGGUAUGCAUGGAGGAGUCCUACACCAUUGCAUCCAUAGUGAUGGUUGUGAACUUUUCUUCAAAAGCACAAUAACUUUAGGUAAAAAUAAUCUUAGUGCAAUCUCAACCCUCUUGUGGUUCAUACAAAAGUGAUGUAUGUGAUCAUCAUAGAAGAAACAAAUCUCAUCUAUGUAAUUUUGAUCUUUUCACUUCUUCAUAUGAUCCAUAUUUCUUAUUUACUAAUGCUAAAAUACAAAGUCUAAAUUAUAUAUCCAUUCAUUUUACUUAUCUGAAUUAUUAUUUUAUUAUUAUUAUUAUUAUUAUUAUUAUUAUUAUUAUUAUUAUUAUUAUUAUUAUUAUUAUUAUUACAUUUUUGGCCUCGAUGUGGGUUAGUGACCUGUGCCCGGGUGGGCUAGUCCCCAUAAAAAAAAAGAAUAGAAAAGAGAUACCCAUAGUAAGUACAUUGUAGUUUUAUGGGCUCUGUCUUGCACAAAAUUGCAAUAUUGGAGGUGGUGGACUCGUCUCUUUGUUAUGACUAGGCACUUCAUAGUGUGAGCUGACAGCAGCUAUUUUGUGUCUGUAAUGCAAAAUAUAUUGUGCUGCAAUGUAGUGAUACUUUACAGUGUGAUAUUGUUUCCAAUAAAACUUUUUCUUCUAAGAUGAAAUACUAUGCCAUAUUCUUCCUGGUAGUAAGAGAAGAAUGCUUUGUGGAUUUGUAUUGAUAUAUAUUAACCUGUGUUUCAUACUUAAAUAAGGGCAGCAUAUUUAGUGUCUUGACGACUCUCUUCAUCUUGGCUCCUUAUCGUGCCAGAUGCCCUACUGUAUUGCUCAACACCUUACCAAUAAUUUCUGGUUGCUUCUUUAGCAUAGAAUAACUAAAACAAAGGUCUCAUCCUUGCACUGUAGGAUGCGACGCCCAUAAACAUCUCAAACCAGAAAAAGACUUAAUUGGUGUGGGUAAAUUCAACACUUACACGAAAAAUAAAUAUGAACAUAGAAACUACUUAAAAGAAUGGGAUGGAAAUUUGUGUGUGUUGAGUUGAAGAUUGUGCAGUGAGGGUAGAUUCACUAUUUGGUAUUAGUAAUUGGUACUGGUAAUUGUUUUUAAGUAACUGCUCAGGAAUAAGCAGGUUUGUGGUUAUGGUAAUGUCAUCAUUCAGUGCCAGGAAUCCCCCAGAAAGAAAUUCAUUAUCCUAACUACCUUGUAGUAGACAAAUAUUAAAUUUUUUCAUGACAUAGCAAGUUAUAAAUUGUUUUUAAGAAAAUUUCCUGACAGGCUUUCUGUUGAUAAAGUUGUUUUCUUACUACAGUAUAUAAAUGUAAGAGACAGGGUAUUGGAAGUCGAUAUAUUUAUUUUUUAUUUUUUUUUAUUUUUUUUUAUCGCCUUUAUGCAUUACAGUAUCUAGGUUAAAACUACUGUAGUUGUUAAUUUUUUCCCAAAGAGUGACCAGAGCAGCUCAGCAUAUCAAUAAUGCACCAAAGCCUCUCAAAUACUUGGUCCAACAAAUAUAUGGUAUUUUCAGAACACAUUUAACUUCACUAUUUUGCUCUGAAAAUUUGAGUCACUGAAGCACAAUAAUUUAUGCCAAGACUUCCGAGACACUCUUAUGGUUGUAAUUUUUAUAUACCUGUACUUUAAUUUCUAUGAAGAUCUGUAUACUGUAUUUACUAGCUGGUAAUUUUAAUUUCUAUAGUGUGCAUAACAUAGGAGACUUUUAACAUAAGCUAUAUCAGAUGCAUGAAAACUGUUAGAGUAGAGAGCAUAGUUGUCCAUAGUGAUAUGGGUUGGGUGAUGUCCCUCUGCAGUACCUUAGGUAAGAGAAUGUCGGGCAUGAAAACAACUACCGCCAACCCUUGAACUUGUAAAAAUAAUAAGCUAUAUUUAAAAGUUAUAAAACCUAACAUAACUUCAACCUAGGUUAGGUCAGGUUUUAUUACUUGUAAAUGAGUCUUGUUAUUUUUGUAAUGGACUUUGGUGGCAGUGCCUUUCAUACCUGAUGUAGCCGAACAGUUAUUACUAUAAGUAAGGAUCCUGGCUACUACACAUGUAUUUAUCCAGAUAAAUUAUCCAAAUACUCAUAUGCAUAUUCUAUUUUUAUUAAUAUACAUAAGUAUUGAUAGAAAGUAAUGUAAUACUGUAUUUCACUUUGGUCAUUGCUCACUACUGUACACUGCUGAGGCCACCAUCAGUCAGUUCACUCGCUUUUUCUUUUUUAACACAGUAGUUACUUGUUGAUGUUGAUGUAACAUAGUUGUGCUUUAAGAAUGAUUAAAUAUGCAGUCAUAGUGCAGGUAGAUAGUUUUAGGGAAAGCAAAUAUAUAGUAUACCAAAUACAUAUUGUAUUUAUGAAAAGUGUAAAUGUUUUGGGAUUUUAUUUUAGAUUUUAACCUGCUGAAAAUUUUCAUACAUGUGAAUGUCUUUUAUAAUUUUGUAAUGUUUUUCUAAUAUGGAAUUUAACAUUCUCUUGAUCUUGUAAAUCCAGUGUUGCUGUUUUUUUCCUGUUCAUGAAAAUGUUACCAGUCUAUAUGAAAAGUUUGGUUGUGUGAGGGAACAGGAGUAAACCAGAUAAAUACUUGGGUGUUGUGGAAGGGGAGUACCACAUCAGUAAGAAUGACUAAUUGACUGUGAGUGAAGGGAUAUUGUGUGUGCGUGUAUGUGUGUGUGUGAUCUAUGCUCCAGCCUCCUGAAUCAUACUGAGAACAGACAUGAAAGACUGGGAAAGAUAAAGGGAAAACUGUUUGAUUUAAUUUUGAGGUUUAAAUUGCUUGACACUGUUAAUAAAUCAGAUUUUAAGCUUUUUGAAGUCUUUAUAGCAAAGACUGCAAGGAAGUUGAGCAUUUAGACUAAGUAAAAUAUUUUUCAUUUAAACAGUACUUAAGUAAUUUAUGAAUAAUCAUACACUAUAUCAGACAAACAUUCCCUCACUGCUUUUUUUUUUUUGCAACUAUUGUUCCAAUAAUAUGAACAAAUGUAAAGGAUUUGCAAACUUAAACUGCAUGAAGAAUUGAUGCCUAUAUAAUAAAAUAAUUACUAAGUCUGUACAGUACAGUAAAACUAACUGUUAAAUUGUACAGGUUGAAGGUAUGAGAAAAGACUAUGUAAGGAGAGGAGUAAAAAAAUAAUAAUAAAUGAAUAGAACUGGACCAGAUCUUUGGCAUUGUUUUGGCUGAAACAUUAGAUUUUUUUUUAAUGUUACCAGGAUUGUCUAACUGAUAGUAUAAAAAAAAAGGUUUAUUAUUAUGGUUAGUUGUAGGAACAUAUACAAGUACUUUGAUUCAGCAGUUGCAGAAGCAUUCACACUGUUGAAUGAAUGAGAAAAUUGUCAUGUGUUACUUUGGGCUACAAGGUUCCCACAUGUUUGUCACUUUUAUCUUACACUAAGUAGAUGGACACACAUUUUCAUUUAGUUGUUGGACAGUCUUGUAAAUUUACUUCUGUAAAUACUGUAUACAGCAGUUUUUAUUCAUCUUCAUCCUUAUAAAUAUAUGAUGUUGCAUAGGUGUAUGAAUGCAUGUAUGUACAGCCAGAAGCAGUAAUUGCUACCACCCCCUAGUGGCUCAGGCCACAGUCAGUGAAGGCCAGUAUUGAUACACUGCUACAAUGCCAGCCACGGUAGUUCUAAAACCACCCAGAAAUGUUUAGACGGGAGGGGGGGAAGGGAAAAGAGUUUUGUCCGAUCACCAGUCUUUUACUUGCCAUGGCUCUGGCUACUAGGGGGUGGUAGCAAUUAAAGUUCCUGACUACAGUAUAUGCAGAGGGGUGUUAAGAUUAAAUAGGAGUUAAAUGUACAUACUCAAGGUGUUUAACCUUAAUUUUCAUUUUAAAUCUUAAAUGCAGAGCAUUUGUAAUAUUUAUAAGUCUCAGGAAGGUAAAGGAUGAGCAAUAUGAAAACUUACAGUUGACUCUGGGGAUCCCAUAUGACAACCAUGAUUCUGAUUUGUUCAGAUGUAGAACAUUAAUGAAACAGUAAAAUUACAGGUACCGUAUUAAUAAUUCAGUGUUUUAAUUUUAAAGUGGCUCUUAACCAAAGUGACCAAUUCAGCUUAGUUAAAUUGUUCAGAGAACCAAAUUUUAACUCCUUGGAAAAAAUAUAAUGCUGUAAUAUUAGUUAAUCUGAAAACUCAGCUGUAUUCAACACUUCAGUUUAUUGUGUUUGUUAUAAUUAUUUACAGCAUAGGAGCCGAGGACCUGUUGAUCCCCAGCCUCUUCAAAUCCUUUAUGGUCUUUUAUCCAGAUUAUUUUAUUAGAAGUAUAAGUCUUAAAGUCACCAUAACAAUGACCUACUGGAGAUGUUGGUCCCCAAGCUAAAUAAUAGAUGUAGGUACAGCACUUGGCAACAAUGCUCAAUAAAAACAGCAGUGAGAAAUUAGAGUACUGUAACUGAUAACAAACAAUAUUUAAGAGAGCCUGGAGGUGUUACAAGAACCUUGGUACAGUAAAUAGAAACAAAGGAAUGUACACAGGAAUAUGAAAGACUAAGGUGGUACUGGCAUGAAUAAUGAGUGAAAUGACAGGUUAGUGAUGAAAAUUGUGAUAUUGGGUACUGUACCUAUGGUUAGACCAGAUGACAUGGCGAGUCACUGGAUAUGUCUGUGUGGGUGUUUCAUGUGAUAUUUCAAAGUAAAUUUCUGAGAUUGUUUUAUAGGAGACGUGUUUGUAAGAGUUGGUGCAGGUGCUAGUCUUACCUAAUGAGUGAGCAGCUUAGAAAAUGGAUUGAUAUUAAUUGUUUUAGUGAAGGUGGCACUUUUCAUACUCACAUAAGUGUGGUUACAUCUGAAGGUUUGUUGGGCUUUUUGCACUCAAUCAAUCCCAUUUUGUGUAUAUAUAUAUAUAUAUAUAUAUAUAUAUAUAUAUAUAUAUAUAUAUAUAUAUAUAUAUAUAUAUAUAUAUAUAUAUAUAUAUAUAUAUAUAUAUAUAUAUAUAUAUAUAUACAUACACACACACCCCUGUAUAUACUCAAGUAAUAAAAUACAAAAGAGUAAUACCAUACAUGUAUAUAGUCUUUAUAUAUUUCUGCCACUACUGUUCCUUCCAUUUACUAUAAUUUGUUGAUUUUUUUUCUUACUUGAUUUGCAUCUUCAUUCACAACAAUAAUAUGGUUAGAGAUAAGUUAUUGGCGUCUUUUAAGCAUCAACAGUGGGAAAAUAUUUAGGUAUAGCACUCGCCUUCACCCGGGUUGUAGGUGUCCCAAUAGCUUUGUUUUUAGUUUUACCGAGCACAUAUUUAAAAAAAAAUAAGGAUCAAGCAAUUUGCACAGUAAACCUUGUACUAGCUUUACCAGGCUUAUACCUUAUAACAUCAAGCAGGCAUAUCAAUGAAUUAUAUAGAAUAUGAAGUUCUUGUAAUGAGUAGAUUUUCCACUUUUUAUAUCAGGAGCUUGAAUGUUUUGUUUUUUAAUGUAAAAAUUGUACUGUAUAUCAUAAGACUUAAAUGAUGUAAACAAGUCUCAACAACAAUCACUAGGUGCUGCCUAGUGUGUAUGUAACUCAAUGCACUACCUCUCAACCCACUGUAUAGUUAUGCUGCAUGAUGUUUUUGUGUUAACACAUUGGUGUUUGUCAAAGGAAUAAUCACACAACUGUUGAAUUUGGAUUUACAUUAGGUAUAAACAGAUAGAUGGCUUAUGGAAGUUCUUUUUCUAACAAAUGUGUGUAAAUAUGAUUUUCUAUUGGACUUUGCAAUGUGUAAUGGCUACAUUUAGCAAUUUUAUACGCUGAAAAAAGUGUAAAUAUAUAUAAAUGAUGUAAAA